AUGCCCCAAUUUUCAAUUACGAAAUUUAAACCACGCCCAGAAAAGGCACUCGGCAUUCUCCUCUCAAUUUCUCAGAUUGAUAAGCGAAGAAUUGAGCUCUUGGCAUUUCCCCUUCUUAAAUACUCGGAUAAGUACUUUGAUGAUACCUAUGAGUACAGGCACGUGGUUCUUCCGCCAGAAGUUGCCAAAUUGCUUCCAAAGAAUCGCCUUCUCUCUGAAAAUGAAUGGCGUGCAAUUGGGGUUCAGCAGAGCCGAGGGUGGGUCCAUUAUGCAAUUCACCGCCCAGAGCCUCACAUCAUGCUCUUCAGGAGGCCACUGAACUAUCAGCAGCAGCAGGAAAACCAAGCUGGGCAAAACAUGGUUGCCAAGGGAUGA